AUGUGGAAGCUUAAAAUAAUGGAAGGGAAGGAUCCAUUGUUAGUAAGCAUAAACGAUCAUGUUGGUCGACAACAUUGGGAGUUUGAUGAAGAAGCCGGAACAUUGGAGGAACGAGUUGAGGUUGAGAGGGUAAGGAACGAAUUUAGUAGUAAUCGUUUCAAUAUGAGGCAAAGUGCCGAUCUCCUUAUGAGAAUGCAGUUGAGAAAAGAAAAGCCAAGGCUGCCAAUACUCAAAGGCAUAAAAUUGAAGGAAACUGAGGAAAUAAGAGAGGAAGCAAUCAACAUAACAUUAAAGAGAGGCAUUGACUUUUUUUCAAGUAUUCAGGCCCAUGAUGGUCACUGGCCCGCUGAAUCUGCCGGCCCGCUUUUCUUCCUCCCUCCCCUUGUGAUAGCCUUACAUAUUACUGGGGCAAAAAAUACAAUUCUAUCUCAAGAACACCAAAAAGAGAUAAAGCGUUACAUUUACAAUCAUCAGAAUCGGGAUGGAGGAUGGGGACUUCACAUAGAAGGACAUAGCACCAUGUUUGGUUCAGUAAUCAGCUACAUCGCCCUACGUCUGCUUGGAGAAGGGCUUGAUCGUAACGAGCUUGCGAGGGCUCGUCAAUGGAUCCUUGCUCAUGGUGGUGCCAUUGCCAUCCCUUCUUGGGGCAAAUUUUGGCUCACGGUACUUGGAGUGUACGAAUGGGACGGGUGCAACCCCAUGCCCCCCGAGUUUUGGUUACUCCCAAAAUUUUCACCUAUACAUCCAGGGAAAAUGUUGUGCUAUUGUAGGUUGGUGUAUAUGCCAAUGUCCUAUCUGUAUGGCAAGAGAUUUGUAGGUCCUAUUACGCCACUCAUUCAAUCACUUAGAACCGAGCUUUAUACUCAAUCUUAUCAUCACAUCGAUUGGAACAAAGCUAGAAAUACAUGCGCUAAGGAGGACCUUUACUAUCCACAUCCAUUAAUGCAAGACAUGGUAUGGGGAUUCCUACACCACUUUGCGGAGCCAGUUCUAAACCGUUGGCCAUUCUCAAAGUUGAGAGAGAAAGCUAUGAAACUGGCUAUGGAGCACGUACAUUAUGAAGAUAUUAAUAGUAGAUAUCUCUGCAUUGGUUGUGUUGAAAAGGUUCUUUGUUUGAUUGCUUGUUGGGUGGAAGAUCCAAAUUCAGAAGCAUACAAGAAACAUUUAGCUAGAAUCCCAGAUUACUUGUGGCUUGCUGAGGAUGGAAUGAAAAUGCAGAGUUUUGGAUGCCAAAUGUGGGAUGCAGCCUUUGCGGCUCAAGCAAUUUCUUCGAGUGGUCUCAUACACGAGUAUGCAACCACACUUAAAAACGCACACGAUUUUAUAAAAGCGUCACAGGUUGUGGAGAAUCCAAUUGGGAAUUUUGAGGAGAUGUAUAGACAUACAUCAAAAGGUUCAUGGACCUUCUCAAUGCAAGAUCAUGGUUGGCAAGUCUCUGACUGCACUGCUGAAGGCCUUAAGACUGCACUAAUAUUUUCAAGAAUGUCCCCGGAACUAGUGGGAGAGAAAAUAGAAGCACAUCGGCUAUUUGAUGCAGUAAAUGUCAUUCUAUCUCUACAGAGUAAAAAUGGUGGAUUUCCAGCCUGGGAGCCCCAGAGAGCUUACAGUUGGCUUGAGAAAUUCAACCCUACUGAAUUUUUUGAAGAUGUUUUGAUCGAGAGAGAGUAUGUGGAAUGCACAUCUUCAGCAAUCCAAGGUUUAACACUCUUCAAAACGUCAUACCCUGGACAUCGAAAGAGAGAAAUCGAAUGUUGUAUUGCCAAAGGACUACAUUACAUCGAGCAAACUCAAAACCCUGAUGGUUCUUGGUAUGGUUGUUGGGGAAUUUGUUAUACAUAUGGAACAUGGUUUGGCGUGGAGGCAUUGGUAGCUUGUAGGAAGAACUGCUAUAAUAGUGUUGCAUUGCGCAAGGCUUGCAAUUUCUUGAUUUCUAAGCAAUUGCCUGAUGGUGGUUGGGGGGAGAGUUACCUCUCUAGCUCUCACAAGGUUUACACAAAUAUUAAAGGGAACAAGUCAAACUUGGUGCAAACUUCAUGGGCAUUGUUAUCUCUCAUCAAAGCAGGAUAUGUAAAUGUAGAUCCAACCCCUAUAGAACGAGGGAUAAGAGUAUUAAUCAAUUCACAAAUGGAAGAUGGAGACUUUCCUCAACAGGAAAUCACAGGAGUAUUCAUGAAGAAUUGUACACUAAAUUAUUCAUCAUAUCGAAAUAUCUUUCCAAUAUGGGCUCUUGGAGAAUAUCGUCGAAUACAAGUUGAAAAAUGAAUUACAUUUAAUCAUUAUGUUAUGUUAUAUACAAAAAUUGUA